UCAUUUUCGUUUCGCUGCCGCCGCCGUAAGCUCGAAAUCCCGCUACCAAGCAAAGAAGAAACAUUUUUCGCGUCGCGUUUUCUUUGAAAAUAGUAAUUUCUAGCAGUUUUAUUCGGACGUGAACAUUACGGAUCGUUCCGGUCGACAGUACCCUCUGAUAAGUCGGUAUCGAGUGCAAUGGAGCCGUGCUACAAGUACCGGAAACGGAUUCUUUAAAUGGUGUUAAUUUUGUUGGGCUAGCUGUGUCUGCUGGCGUGUGGGUAAAGAGUGAGGUAUCCCAUUGAAAUUUUGUGCUGGUUGAAGAAGACGCAUCAAAAGACAGGGAAGACAAUCGAGACUGGGUUGUCGGCUUCGUGCUACCGGCAAGACGAAGAAAUCCGGAUUGCCCCGUGUAAGAAAUCAGUGUCAUUCUAUCGUCCCCUUCCAUUUCCGUGUGCACGAUCUAUCUUCCAGAGCUAGCAAACCAGAAGUUUUCUAUUUAGUUUAUAUUCCCAUAUUGUUUUCUAACUGUUUAUUGCUACUACUGGAUCUUGAUCCGUUUUUCCCCGGUGGUUUGCGGAAAUCAGUAUCUGUGGGUCGGUAUGUCGGUGGCGUCGAUUGUAUCCCGUGUCAGGCAAUUUCUGGAUGGUAGAAAGCGAAAAAGCGACGAACCGUCAGAGGCAGCAACUUUUACCAAAUAUCGUCGGGUGGUGGAUGAUUUUCCCAGAUUUAUUUCAACGCCGCUGAGUAAUGAUCUACAUGCCAAAUCUGAGCCAUUUGUAGAACGAUUAAAAAAUCACCCGUACGCUCGCAUACCAAUGGCCGGUGACAACAGUUGCGACAAACAAAGUGCAUACUUUGGUGGAUCAGGUGGCAAGACGCGUCUAGAACUUGCAGACAUUGAAUUUUCGGAUGAUGAAGAUGAGCUGGUUUGGAUCAACCGUCAGCAACAACAAUACCGAACCAACAGUAACGAAAAAUGUGGCACCGGAACGUCAGCUAGUGGUGCCGCUCUAAGACGUCCUCCGCCGCUUGCCAGACUUAAAACUGCAACUGCCCCAGUUCCGUCACUUUUUCCUAUCAGAACACAGCUGGUCAAUGGAAGUUCUAGUAGUGGCGGUGGUAGUCAACGGCAGCCUGAUUCCUUCAAAAAGCCGUUUGUUUUUAAAUCUCAACAGCAACAACCGAAGCGUCAGUCUAUUAUCGCCCAAAAUUAUAACCUUGAAGAGGUUAACAAUUACCGGGCGUUGCUGAAACGGCUUUUGCCAAAUUUGUACUCACCAGAGGAACCGACAACUCGCUUUGGGACAAGUUCGCGUAAAAAUUCGCUUCUUCUCACCGAUGACUUUAACUUAUCCUCAUCGACGGCACUUAACUCUUCCACUCAUCAGCUUGGAGAAGGAGGGACAUCAUCUCAGCGGAGUACUUCCUGCCAGAUCCGGUCGAUUCCCGUGAUCGAUUUGUCCUUGGAGGAAAGUGAUUCAGAGGGACGGAAAAAACGCACGAGUCUGUUUUCGACUGUUGAUUUGACACAGUACGAUUUAACGAGCAACGAUGAGGAGGCCUCCGCCCAAACUCCAAUUGAUCCGGUUAAUACGUUGCGUGAAAAAUUACAAACACACAGUAAAUUCCGAGACGAUAUCGUGGAAAAUGUCCAGCGGAAGUACAGCAACAACCUGAGCCAACGAAAAAAUCUAAUCGAGCAGGAACUUGAGAAUUUGAAAGAACUUAAAAAAAAUACACAACAAUAUGCGAGCACAUUCGAGCGAAAGUUGGGAGAUUUUAUGAUAAAAUUUGAUACCAUCGUGCUAGAUGAAGACGACUUAGAAGCAGAAGAAGAAGAAUAUCCGGAACUCACAGAAGAGCACCAGGGUAUCAUCAAGCGUGCUCUAUAUGGCGGAUCUCGCACAGAAGUUCUUAUAAACAAAUUCAACAUCAGCAUCACCCGCAAUGAUUUGGCAACGCUUAUUGGUGAUAACUGGUUGAACGACGAGGUUAUCAAUUUCUACAUGAACCUGCUGAUCGAACGGAGUGAGCAAAACGAAAGUUUACCACGGGUUUAUGCGAUGAAUACGUUUUUUAUUCCAAAACUACUAUCCGCCGGUCAUGCAGGGCUUAAGCGGUGGACUCGUAAGGUGGACAUCUUCACGUAUGAUAUCAUUCCGGUUCCGGUCCAUGUGGGUCGCGUUCACUGGUGUAUGGCUAUUAUUGAUUUGAAGAACCAAGCCAUUCGGUACUACGAUUCAAUGGGCACCCCCAACAACACGGUGCUAAACGCCCUCGAGCAGUAUCUUCGAGACGAAUCGCUAGACAAACGGAAGCAACCAUACGACACCAGUGGCUUCACAAAAGAAAACAUGCGCGAGUGCCCACGACAGAUGAAUGGAAGCGACUGCGGCGUUUUCAGUUGCAUGUUUGCCGAACAUGAAGCUAGGAAUCGUGACAUUGGAUUCAGCCAGCAAAAUAUGCCCUACUUCCGGCAGAAGAUGAUAUAUGAAAUUUCACAGGGACGUUUGCUGACGUAGUUUUAGAGUUGAUAAUUUAUAAAAUUGAGUAUUGAAUCGAAUCUUUUCCUCAUACAAGGGAACAAGAAAACACCGACAAAACAAGGUGAAUGGAAGAAAAGAAAACACCAGCGACUGUUGGUUGGCAGUGUUUGGAAUGAUUGGUUGGAACUAAAAUUAAAGUAUCACGAUAAAGCUGUCUAAAUAAGGUAUUAAAUUUUUUUAUUCGAACCUAAAUGAAGAAAUUGUUUAAUAUGGUCCGUCGUUUGAUAGACUUUUGUUUAUAAUUUUGAUUGAACAUUUUUCCACUGGUAACUUACAUAUUUUGUACUCUAUAAAAGAUGGAAUUCCUAAACCGAUUAAGUAUAAAUACUAUAUCAUGAACUAAAAAAAAUGUUUUUUAAAUAAUAAAAUUUGGUACUCAGUUUGUGGUGUUUUCUAAGAUCUGCAUGUUGUUUUGAGAAUUGAGAAUAGCUUCGAAGGAAAAUAGUAAAGAUAAUUUUCCUUGGUACCGAAAAUUUCGAUACAUGUUUUCUAACAAUAAUUUGUAAUUGGAAAGUUUCAAAUCUUUUUUUAAAUAUCUUUUUUUAUGAAGAUGAAGCCUCAAGUCUUUUCGAAAGAGUUCAACCCCAACAGUCGCCAGUUUUCUUUUCAAAUCUCUUGAAUGAUGAUAUAUUCAAAAAUCAAUUAGUUUGUGAACUUCUCAUAAAGUUCUAAAAUGAAAUAAAUAUGGAUUCGUUUCACAA